AUGCUUCGGCCUCGGAUCCUUAACUGGUCCGCCGACCGAGACCCCAACUACAACGCCUACCUUCUCCAGAUAUCCUCUCUACAUUUGGCGCAACAGUAUAAAGGUAAUCACCACGGCCAUGCAGGGAACCGAAGCCCACAGAAUACGGUCCGGUACGAAAAGUUGUACAGAAUGCGCCGCAAAGUUCGCUGCAUUCGCGCCUCUGAAGCUGCCCUGGUUUGCCGAAGAUGCGAAGCACGGGGCUCGGAAUGUACGCCCCAGGAAUACAGACCCACUGCGUCGCGGAGGGUUUCAUCCCGACAACGGAUAUCUCAGCUUGAAUCGCAGGUAUCCAGCUUGAUCAAAGUGGUGCAUCGAAUCGAAUCAAAACUAGGUGCUCAAGCGGACUCGAUUUCGGAAGUGGUUGUAAGCCAUUCGAGCCCUGAAAUGGAUACAUCGGAUGACGAAUCCAAUAUGUCGGACAUUUUUGCAACCGAACGGCCGUCGCACUUGCAGUCGCUCUUUCAGAAUGAUUGGCUCGGUUUGGAUGGCCGUCAGGAUAAUGGGCAACUGCAAGAUCGUAUGGAGAGAGUAUGCACGAAUUUGCUGGAUAUUGCGAGGGAGGCUCUUCAAAAGUUGAUUCCUCCAAAGCAUGAAGUGGCCGAAAUGUAUGAAUCAGCAUUUGAAUGGCUUAGAAUUCUCCACGCUUUACUCCCCCAACCGUUCAUUGCUCAACCCCAAACGGACGCACUGCUUAAUUAUGAUAGAAUGAAAAAGCCAGAUGUGGACACUAUGGCACUCGCCUCAUGGAUGCUCACACUGGCAAUAACUGCUCAGCAAACACCACAAGAUGGCCCAUCCACCCCCGAACAACCUGGAACGUGGUUGAAGCAGUUCGAACCCUCCCGAGCAAUAUCAGAUGCUGUAGAGAGGGCGAUCAUCUCUCAUGACCGGCUGCUAGGCACGACAACUGGGUUAUGA